AUGGAUCCACAUUCGCAGAUGGAUACGAUUAAGGCGGUAAAUAAGGCCUCGGGUGAUGAGAAGAAUGAUUCGUCUUCUGGUCAUUCGUCGCAGGAUCCGGAGAAGGCUAUACAGGUGGGCACUGGGCCGGAACUGCAGAGGAGGUUGAAGAGUAGACAUUUACAGAUGAUUGCUAUUGGGGGAACGAUCGGUACAGGUCUUUUCAUAGGGUCCGGAUCAGCCAUUGCUGAAUCCGGGCCAGCAGGAGCUCUCAUCGCAUACGCCUUCGUCGGUACCCUCGUCUACAGUGUCAUGAUGUCUUUGGGAGAGAUGGCAACCUUUAUUCCCAUUCCCGGAGCAUUUACUUUAUACGCAGCACGAUUCAUCGAUCCUUCGCUUGGAUUCGCUAUGGGAUGGAUUUAUUGGUUCUCAUGGGCCAUUACCUACGCUCUCGAACUCACAGCCACAGGUCUCAUUAUCCAAUACUGGGCCCCUCAACUCAACAUUGGCAUCUUCAUUUCCGUUUUUUGGGUCGUCAUCACCGCUGUCAAUUUUCUACCCGUCAGUUUUUACGGUGAAAUUGAAUUUUGGUUCUCACUCAUCAAGGUUGUUACCGUACUCGGUUUCCUCAUUUUCGGUAUCUGCAUCGAUGCCGGAGCUGGUCAACAGGGCUAUCUUGGAUUCCACACCUGGGGCAAUCCAGGUGCAUUCGCACCCUAUCUUAUCAAUCCCGAAAACCCCGUCUCCAAAUUUGUAGGAUUUUGGGCUGUACUCAUCCAAGCCGGAUUUUCCUACCAGGGAACCGAACUCGUUGGAAUUGCGGCUGGAGAAACUGAAAACCCCAAAAAGAACGUCCCAGCCGCUAUCCGCAAGACAUUUUUCCGAAUCUUGUUUUUCUUCAUCGGAACAAUCUUCUUCAUUGGUUUAUUAGUCCCAUACGAUAACCCGCAAUUAUUAUCCGGAAGUUCCGAUGCAACAGCCAGUCCUUUCGUUAUUGCCGCAAAACUAGCUGGUAUUAAGACAUUACCUGGACUCAUCAACGCUGUGCUUCUCUUCGUCGUUCUCAGCGCCGCAAAUUCCAACGUCUAUUCCGGUUCACGUAUCCUCGUCGGUCUCGCAGAGGGAAAUUGCGCCCCAAAACUCUUCUUGAAGACCACCAAAGCCGGAGUUCCCUACUACGCUGUCGCUUUUACCGCCGCAUUCGGUCUCCUUGCUUAUAUGAAUGAGAGUGCUGGGGGCGGAACCGCAUUCGAAUGGCUCCAGAAUAUAACUGCCGUUGCGGGAUUCAUUACUUGGGCAUGUAUUUGCGGAUGUCAUAUUGCAUUUAUGAAAGCGCUCAAAGCUCGCGGAGUCAGUCGAGAUCGUUUACCAUACAAAGCGCUUUGGCAACCAUGGUUCGCAUGGUACGGAUUAGGGUUCACCGUGCUUAUUAUCUUUACCCAGGGAUUUACAGCUUGGAUUCCACAUUUCCAGGUUAAAGAGUUCUUUGUGGCGUACAUUAGUUUGAUACUUUUUGCGGUGGCUUAUCUGGGUCAUAAGAUUGUUUGCAAGACGAAGUUUGUGAGUAGUUUGGAGGCGGAUUUGGAUACAGGGUGCGUGGGAUUUGAGGAAGAGGGGGCUAUUGAUUGGGAGGAGGAGGAGCAUAGGACGUUUAAGGAGAGGUAG